UCCUGGCGGGCCACAAUCACAAUUUGGAGGACAACCCGUUGGAAUUAUGAAUGGCCCCACAGGAAUGACAAAUGAUGUUGUUAAUGAUGUUUUUACGAACAAUAAGAAAGUAAUAAAUCCACCACCACAAGGAACGAACACUUUACAGGGAAUAAACCCUACAUCAUCCUUAUUUGCAUCUGGUUUGGGUCCAAUUGGUAUGAAUGUUCAUCCACAUCAUGGAGGGCCACCAGUACCAAUGCACGCUCAUCAUCAAGUUAUGAGACAACAAAUACCACCUCCUAGAGGUUUUAAUCCGAUCGCACCAACACCACAUUUAGCCGGUCCUUCAGGAGUACCGCCAUCAGUGGCUUCUACAAAUUUAUCAUUGCUUAAUGAAAAUACUGUAAUGAGUGGAAGUGGGAAUAUUGGCACGGGAGUAUCAGGAAAUCCACAAACUGGUGCAUUUGGUGGGUUGCCUAUAGGUGGAGGACAAGGUUCAUUAGGACCACAGACAUUUAAUUUAGGGACACAAGUCGUUAGCCAACCACCAGUAUCUCACAUGGUAUCUAAUGUUCCUCAAAGCACACCAUUAGCUCCUAUCGGGCAUCGUCGUAUGUCUCAGCAUCCAGAAGAUUCACAUGUAAAAACCAUACAUAGACCCCAACCAAUACAACGUCCAAGAAGAAAUUCUGGUACAGGACAAUCACUGGAUGCUCAUACGAACACAAGAUCUCCGCCACCAGGUUUUGGUAAUAUGGUCGGAUCAAAUGCUUUGCUCGGUGAAGACCAACCUCAUCCAAUGGUAAAUAGGAGACAGAGUUUAGCUCUUGUUGAAAGUUCAUAUUUUUCUAAUUCGUUAUUUUCUACAGCAAUGCCCGGAGAGUCAAAUCCACCGCAAUCAUCACCGAAUCAACAACAGCAACAACACGGGACAACUCGUUUAUCACACCGAUCUGUUGCAAGUGAGAAUGAAUGGCCUCCAAUACGUGGAAGACAAAAUGUAACAGAUAAUCACGUAGGAGAAUCAUUACCAAUGAAUGGUGGUAAUAAUAAUGUUGGUAGUAAUAAUAUAGGGACGAACGAUAUAUGGGGAUCAAAUUAUGUUGGUGGACAGUCGUUGUGGUAUUCGGAAGGUAAUAACCCUGCAAAUCGUAGGGCAGUGGGUUCAAGAGACUUUAUGCAAGAUUUCUUGUAA